AUGAUUCUGCCCUACACACCGGCCACCACUGUGGGUCCCUUUCCAGCUGCCCCUUUAGACCUCGCCAUCAGCUGCCACCCACCUUCUCCUGCCACGGAAAGUGCAGGUGGUGCCAGGCCAGCCUGCUCUGAAGCAGAAGCCCAGAAGGUCAUCCCCACACGAGGGCCGAGCCCAGCCAAGGAGCAAGGGCCCCAGAGCUCAGGGGGCCCCUCUGCUGCUGUGCCCACCCAGCCCCAACCUGCCUCAGGGAAGGCGCCCCACGCCCAGGAACAGGAGGGCAGCUCUGCCCUGGAAGCGCCGGCCAAGGGUCGCCAAAGUGGGACCCGCACCGUCCAGGGCCGGGCGCGCAGCCCCGCGAGUCGGGAGCGACUCAGCCUAACGGGAGAGCCUUGCAGAAGCGGCUGCAAAGCGUCGGGGAAGCAGCGCCGUCGGAGGAAAGGCGGGAGCAGGACUGGCCGCGGCACUUCGCCAAGCCACGCGCUCCGCCUCCGCGCUCCCGUUUCGCGCGCAGCCCGCCGAAGGCAAAAGCCCGACAGGCAGCGGGGCCUCGACGGCUGCGAGGCCGACCGUGGCGAGCGAAGGGCCGGCCGGGCUGCGGGGAGGGAAGCGGCGCCCGCCGGAGACUCUGCAGAGCGGCAGCCUGCCGCUCGCCGGGGCGGAACCCGGCCGGGCCUGAUUCACUUCCUGCCCAAGGGGCGCCCUCGAGGGCCGCGCCCAAGCCCAGGCGGCAACCCUCCGCUUCCCGGGCGAGGGAGCCCCGACGAGGUGGUGGAGGGUUGCGCACAUCUGGAAGUCACGUGCAAGCAGCCGGGACCGGCCCGAGCAGGAGGAAGCCGAGACCCUCCGGGAGGCGGUCUCCGCCCGCCCCGUCCCGCUCGGAGCCUCGCCCCGCGCCCACGCGCCGCCCCGUCCUCCCCCCCCGCCCGUGCCCCGCGGGGCAGAGACCCUUCCUCCCCGCCGGAGAGCUCUUCCCGAGGGCGGCGGAGCCCGCCUGGGCCCGGCCCCGAGGCUACGGGAAAGCCGUCGGGCAGGAAGCCAGGAGGGCGGGACCUGCCCUGCCCCAGCCGCGCUGCGCCCAGAGGCGGCCGGGAUGCGCCUGGCACGCGAGCGGGAGGCGGCCGGGGCGGCGGCACUGGGGCACCCGCGGGCCGAGGGAGGAGUCGCGCGGAGCGGGAAGGGACCCGCCGGCGGAGCCAGACCCGACGGAGCCCGGACGCCGCCCCGUCGCCGCCGCCGCUCGACUUCUUCUUUCUCCCUCCCCGCCCGCCCCGCUCCCGAAGGCACCCCCGGGGGGGGUCUGCUCCUCCUCGGCCCCCCAACUCCUCUCCGGAUGAAGGGAAAGAGAGUCGCCUCCCGCCCCCCGGAAUGAGGCGGGGGGCGCCUUCCUACCUGGGGGGACGCGGCGGCGGCGGCGGCGGCGGCUCCUGCGGGGCGCGACUGGCUUCUGGGGGAGGAGCGCCGAGGGGCGGGAGCGCGACCUCCCCUCCUCCUCCUCCUCCUCCGGGUCCCCCGGACCCGCCCCCCGGCCGAGGGAAAAGCGCCGCCCGCCCCGUCUGCCCGCGGCGCAGGCGCAGAGCCGAGAGGAAGCCGCCGCGGCCAUGUUGGGUGCGGGCGCCGGGUGGCGGCGCCCUCGGCCAAUCAGCUGGCGCGACGAAGCCUCAGUGCGCUGAGCAGAGGCGGAGCAGGCUCUCCCCGGGUCGCUCCCUCCCCAGACACGUGUCUGGCUGCGUCUUGGGGAGCCCAGAGCAACGCGUGGGAAGGCUCGGGUCCGGUAGGGACGGAAAGGCGUCGGCGACGGAGGCAGGGGAGAAGCCCCUCUCAGCUGAGGACAGGGCCAAAUUCAGCAAACAAAGGCCAUCGCAUGUCCUUCUGGACAGAGGUGCUUACAAGCCGAACACCAGUGUCCUGGAAGAAGCAAGGAGCACCGGCGUCGAAGCAAUUGUUCUUCCACAUCAACUUCGUGGGACUGGUCAUGCCCGGCCGGCCGAAGGGGGUUUCCCGGCCGCGAGCGACACUCGCCUCGGCCAAUGCGGCCCCGGCCUCUCCGCCGCUUCGCCAAUCAGUGCGCGGGGAGGGCGGGCCCCGGCCAGUUCCUGCACUCGAGUGACGUCGCUUUUGCUGCGUUGGAAGGAGAGCGGAGGAGACGGAGCGGAGGCGCCGCGGGCCGCGCAGGUGGGUGGGGUCCCGUCGGGGUCCCGGGGCUUCCCUUCUCCCCGUCCCCAGCAGAGCUGCCCCCGGGACCCCUCCCGCCCGGUCCUUUCUCUCCAGGGGACCCAGGAGUCCGGCGCCGCCCCGCCCUCUCUGGGGCCCCGACGGCGCGCCCCAGCCUCGGCCGCGACGGGGCGGCGGCUGCCACCGCCUCCUCCGGGCUCCGGCCGGGGCGCAGCUGGCCGCCCCCACGGGGGCUCCUGUUCCCGAGGGGGAGGGCAGCCUCGGCUCGAAACCCCACGUCCGGGGGGCAGCCAAGCCCGGAAGGGUGACCUACCGGAGCCCGUUGGGCAACCUGCUGGUCCUGGGAAGGGAGCGAGCGCCCGGCUGGCCCCUUCGGCCUUUGCGGAAUCCUAG